AGAGCCAAGCUUUCCCACCACGAGCUUGUGUUUUGCAUACCCACACGCAAGGGGUUGCUGCGCAGAGAAGAUGGAAUUGACCAUUUCGGCUCUGUGGCUGCACAGAUUAGUUUUAUGGUGGGUGGCUGUGCCUCCUCCCGCCGCUGUUGCCGUGAAGUCUUCCAAAUGCAUGCGUGCAAGCCACGAUCAUCAGACCCUACUCCGUCAACCCCUUCAUCUUAUCCCAAUAACAACCAGACUUUCUAUCCUACCUUAUCGUCGAAUCUUCUUCUUCUUCUUCUUCUUCUUCUUCGUUGUGGUGUUUCCUGCUUCAAGAUUCCAGUGACUUCAACUCUAUAAGACGUGGUGGUGUUCGUCUGCUGCAAGUGAUCGAGCCAUCAUGGACGAUGAGUUGUUGGUGGAGAUCCUGACGAGGCUCCCCUUGAAGUCCUUGUUCAGGUUCACGUGCGUCUGCAAAGCAUGGUGCAGACUCAUCUCCAACGACGACUACCUCCGGCGAAAACUCCCCCUGAUCACGUCCGCCAUCUUCUACACAUUGGAGCCCGACCUGAUGGAGGAGCCGAGGUACGCAUGCACGUCCUCGGACGGCGGUCUCGGCGGCUGCAGUCUUACCUUCUUCCCCUUCCAUCAGAGCUCGACCAUCGUCGACGUCUGCAACGGGUUGCUCCUUUGCUACUCGAGCCUCCUCUCCGCGUUCCAUGUCCUCAGCCCAGCUACAAGACGGUGGAGGGAGCUCCCCAAGCCAUCCAAGAGAAGCCAGCGCUCGAUCAUGGCGUUCGAUCCCUGCAACUCCUCCGAAUUCAAGGUCGUCUCCUUCACCGGCUGGGUAGAGCAGGGGGCGGAGCUGGAGGUAUUCGCGUCGGACACCGGGAACUGGGUCGAGCACCAGGUGCACUGGGGGAUCCAUUCCGACGCCAUGUCCACCACCAUGUGCUUCUUCGAUACCACCCUCUACAUCCUCGCUCAUCCAAACUACGUCGUCGGCAUCGACGUCACCAGCUUCGAUACCUGCUCUAAGAUCGAGCUGCCGGAACCGAUCAAGCACGAAGCACGUAUCGGUAAAUCCGGUGGUUGUCUUUGCUACACCCACAGGGACGGAGAUCAGCUAAAGAUAUGGAAGCUUAGAGACUCGAAUGGAGGUACGUGGGUGGUAAGAGGUGUUAUCAGCAUUCCACGGAUGGUGGAACGGAGUCACCGUCGCUCCACUUCUUUUCCUUGUCUGCCACUGCAGUGCAAGUUCAUGGCGUUCCAUCCGCAUAGGGAGGUGGUUUACCUGUGGCUGAGGGGGAAGAUGGUGGGUUAUGAUGUGAACGAGGGUUCGGUGGAGGAGGCGUAUGAGCUUGGGAAGGAGAUGGGGAGAGCUCAUUUCUUCCAGAUCUGGUUGUUCCCCUUCUCCUGCUACAUGUCGAAUUGCUUAGCGGACGUACAAGGCAGCAGCCACUGUGCGUGAUACAAGUGUACGUGACAAUAGCCUGUUGUUUAAUUUCAUACGUCGCAUUCUCCGAUUACUUGUA